CCGUUAAUAAUUAUAAAAUUUUCACAAAUUGGUAAAGUCCGUAUUAAUUUUUUCUUAUACUAUUCAAAUCUCAUUAUUGGACCCAGUCACCUAACCCUACCCCAUAUAUUGGUAUCCCCUCUGGCUUCUAUAUAUACUUUCCAUUUCUCAAAUCUCCAACUUACACCAAAACACAACAAAGACCAUAUAACCUUCUCUCCCACUUAGAGUCUUUCAUCUCACUCUCACCUUAAAAUGGCUCACAACCAUUCUAAUGAAGAAGGCUCCAUUGGAACCUCCUUGCAUGGAGUUACAGCAAGAGAACAAGUCUUCUCUUUCUCCGUCGAUGCUUCGUCUCAAACCGUCCAAUCCGACGACCCAACGGCUAAAUUCGCCCUUCCCGUUGAUUCUGAACAUCGUGCCAAAGUGUUCAACCCACUCUCAUUUGCAAAACCUCACAUGAGAGCAUUUCACUUAGGAUGGCUCUCUUUCUUCACUUGCUUCAUCUCAACCUUCGCUGCCGCACCAUUAGUCCCCAUCAUCCGCGACAACCUCGACCUCACUAAAACCGACAUUGGGAAUGCCGGAGUCGCCUCCGUCUCUGGAGCCAUUUUCUCAAGGUUAGCCAUGGGAGCGGUUUGCGAUCUCCUUGGUGCGCGGUAUGGGACUGCCUUCUCCCUCAUGCUAACAGCCCCAAUCGUCUUCUCAAUGUCAUUUGUGGGUGGCCCCAGCGGAUACUUAGGCGUCCGGUUCAUGAUCGGAUUCUGCCUCGCCACGUUUGUGUCGUGCCAGUAUUGGACCAGCGUCAUGUUCAACGGUAAGAUCAUAGGACUAGUGAAUGGCUGUGCCGGCGGGUGGGGUGAUAUGGGCGGUGGAGUGACUCAACUCCUCAUGCCGAUGGUCUUCCACAUCAUUAAACUCGCCGGAGCCACUCCGUUCAUGGCGUGGCGCAUAUCUUUCUUCGCUCCCGGAUUUCUUCAAGUUGUUAUGGGCAUUCUCGUCCUCAGUCUCGGCCAAGAUCUCCCUGACGGUAACCUAAGUAUACUUCAGAAGAGAGGUCAAGUCUCUAAAGACAAAUUCUCCAAGGUUUUCUGGUUUGCUGUGAAGAACUACAGAACAUGGAUUUUAUUCGUUCUUUAUGGAUCUUCCAUGGGAAUUGAAUUAACUAUCAACAACGUUAUCUCCGGAUAUUUCUACGACAGGUUUAACCUUAAGCUUCAAACAGCUGGUAUCGUAGCAGCCAGCUUUGGAAUGGCUAACUUCAUUGCCCGUCCCUUCGGUGGUUACGCUUCUGAUGUAGCGGCUCGGAUUUUUGGAAUGAGAGGCCGGUUAUGGACCUUAUGGAUCUUUCAAACCGUAGGAGCUCUUUUCUGUAUCUGGCUAGGUCGAGCUAGUACGCUUCCCAUAGCAAUCUUAGCAAUGGUGCUCUUCUCAAUCGGUACACAAGCAGCUUGUGGAGCCCUCUUCGGGGUUGCGCCUUUUGUCUCGCGCCGCUCUCUAGGGCUCAUAUCGGGACUAACCGGCGCAGGAGGAAACUUUGGGUCCGGUUUGACUCAACUGCUUUUCUUCUCAUCAUCGAGAUUUAGUACAGCGGAAGGGCUCUCGUUGAUGGGCGUUAUGGCAGUUCUGUGCACGAUCCCGGUUGCGUUUAUACAUUUUCCGCAAUGGGGAAGCAUGUUUUUAAGGCCGUCGAGCGAUGGAGAAAGAUCGCAGGAAGAAUAUUAUUACAGUUCCGAAUGGACGGAGAACGAGAAACAACAAGGAUUGCACGAAGGAAGCAUCAAAUUUGCUGAGAAUAGUCGGUCAGAGAGAGGCCGAAAAGUAGCUUUGACUGAUAUUCCAACGCCGGCGAACGCAACUCCAAGUCAUGUUUGAAGACAAACUUACAAGAGAUUUUUUCCUUGUACAUUAAAUCCCUUUUAAUAGUUUCUUAAUUCCACUCAUAUAUGAGAUAUGUACCGAGUAAGAUCUUGCUUUGACGAGCAAGGUUCGAUGAGCGUGGUACUUUACUAUAAAUUGUUGCAAUGUUGUUUCGAUUAAAGGCAGCAUUGUUCAACAACUCUUUCUGCACCAAUCAGAUUUAUGUCAAGCGAAAAGUAAAAAAAAGUCUGUUAAAGAUGCGUGUGACGUUAAGAGACUACAUAAGAAAACUUUAUGAACAUAGACCACUGAAGAAGCAAUUGAAUGAGUAAUCGUUAAAAGAAUUUUAAGAAGAGCCAAAAGCCCAAAACGUUAGUAACACAGAAAUUAUCAGUGCAAUUCUGUAAGUGAAUCAAGAUUCCAUAAUCAACAUAAAGAUGGAAUAUUCGGAUACUUUUCCAACGAAUAUACGAAUAUAAUUAUGAGAAGAUUCUCACUUUAAUAUUAAAUAUAAAUACCAUAAUCGUCAACAUCUCGGUCUUAAAAACAAAAAAAAAAAUCCUACAAAUACCACCAAAAAUAUUACUUUCUCUCUCUGUUUGGCCUUCAAAAAAACGUUCAACAACAAUAACAAAAUAAAAAUAAAAAGACAUGAUAAUGAUGAUAAUACUAAUAUAGAAAGAAUCUCUGACCUCUUAAUGCUUAAGAAAUGCAGAGAUUACUGAGUAUGGUUUAGCUGUCUCUCAAGUGUGGCUUCAGAACUCGUUAAAAACCAUUCCCAAAACCAUCAAAAAAACA